AUGCCCGAAUCGAGUGCGCGUUCUAUUUCAAAUUCAUUCGUCCCUGACAGUGUGGCGUCGUGUAUUUCUGCAGAAAUAGCAGCCGCCUUAGGCAACAAGGCGUUCUCGAAUCAAGCGUCAAGAAUAGAAUCGGAUUGUGCACAAAAAUUAUCAUCACCUUUGCUGCUUGGCUUAAGAUCGCGUGCGAUGACAAAACGAGUCAGAGACUGUGUUGCAGCUGGAGGCAUAUUACCAUUCUGUAGUUCACGCCAUGGAGACAAGAACUGUACGAAAUGGUUCGAGCAAUGCUCUAAAACAUAUGAAUUCAACGUAACCGUGACAAAGAAUGGAACUUAUAAACGUCUUCCUCGCUGGUUAGCUAGCUGCAUUCUGACAAAGGAUGUUCGAACUGAAUGCUUGAAGCGAAUGAACAAAACAAAAUGCGACGAGCUCGAGAACCGAUGUGCUGGCGAUGUGUUCGACCCAGACCUGCUGAAUGCCGAUCAGCUUCUGUGCAUUUAUGGCGAAUGA